AAUUUGCAUCCAGUCACAUCGAUACCAUUGUCAAAACUAGUCAAAAUGCAUACGAGAGUAGCAAAGUAAAAUGUUAAAUAAUUAUUGAGAAUAUUGUUACAAUUUUAUUUAGUGAGAUAUUUCAUCAAAGUUUGAUUAGUGCAACAUUUUAACAGCAUCUGAAUUGAGAAGGUCAAUUUAAUUCAGAAAAAAGGGAAAUCCCCGCUCACUUCACCAUUGAGUCAUAUACAUGCCAAUAACUAACACCUAAAAUAUACGCCGUCUAAAUUUCGAUGACGAACAAAGUGUUGAAUGAAAGAAAAACGAAGAAUUAUUUUCAUGAAGAACGUCAAAUUCUGGAUUAUUAUAAUUUUACAUCAUGGUUGGAAUUGGGGGCCGAUCGAGUGCAGUUGUAAGAAUGGCAACAAAUGAUGCAUCGGAGCCAGAUAACAGCGAUGAUUUAACAUCGAUACCAAUUGCAAGUAAUAGCUCAAAUGAUACACCGAAUCGACAAGCGCCAAACGAAAAUACACCUCUUCUAAAUUCAAAUUUGGACACCUAUUUUUCCGAUGAGAUGAUUCACAUCCCAGAUAAUGAUGAUGGAUUUAGUUUUCGAAAAUUAUGUGCAUUCACUGGGCCCGGUUUCUUAAUGUCAAUUGCCUAUUUGGAUCCGGGAAAUGUUGAAUCUGAUCUCCAGUCUGGUGUUGCUGCCAGAUAUAAAUUGCUUUGGGUUUUGAUGUCAUCAACGAUUUUGGGUUUAAUUGUGCAACGACUGGCAGCUCGGUUGGGAGUAGUAACGGGUCUUCAUUUGGCUGAAAUGUGUUAUAAACAAUAUAAAACGAUUCCGCGCAUUAUUUUGUGGAUCAUGACCGAAAUUGCAAUAAUCGGUUCGGAUAUGCAAGAAGUCAUUGGAACGGCCAUCGCUCUGUUCCUGCUGUCAAACAAAAUGAUUCCAUUGUGGGCCGGUGUUUUGAUCACUAUAAUCGAUACAUUUUCAUUUCUUAUGCUGGACAAGUAUGGACUUCGUAAACUUGAAUUGUUAUUCGGUUUUCUGAUCACCGUGAUGGCUGUCACUUUUGGCUAUGAGUAUGUUGUGUCAUCGCCAAGUGAAAUUGAAGUUAUUGAACAAAUGUUUAUUCCUUGGUGUACGAAUUGUGGAUCAAAGGAAUUAAUACAAGCUGUCGGGAUUGUUGGUGCUGUAAUUCAGCCGCACAAUUUGUACUUGUAUUCAGCUUUAGUUAAAUCGCGUGAUGUAAAUCGAAAGGAUGCGGCCAAAGUGCGAGAUGCCAAUAUGUAUUUUUUCAUUGAAGCAUGUAUUGCAUUGUUCAUUUCGUUGAUUAUAAAUGUUUUUGUGGUUGCAGUUUUCGCACAUGGUCUUUAUGAAAAGAAAAAUGUCGAUAUUGUGGACAUGUGCUAUAAUCAUUCAUCUACAUUAUACAAGGAAGCUCUGCAAGUAUUUGGAAAUAAUACGAAUGAGGUCCAAGUAGAUCUGUAUCAAAGUGGCAUCUUUUUGGGUUGUGCAUUUGGUGUGAUGGCCAUGUAUAUUUGGGCGGUCGGCAUUUUGGCGGCGGGUCAAAGCUCCACGAUGGCGGGCACUUAUGCCGGCCAAUUUGCGAUGGAAGGUUUCUUGAAUUUACAAUGGCAACGCUGGAAGCGAGUUUUCUUCACACGAUUUAUUGCAAUCGUACCAACAUUCUGUGUUGCUUAUUUCAGUAAAAUCCAAGAUUUGAACGGAAUGAAUGAUAUUCUUAAUGUUGUCAUGUCACUGCAAUUACCAUUUGCUCUCAUUCCAACAAUUGCAUUCACUUCGAGCGCUGUAAUCAUGGGCGAUUUUGUGAAUGGCAUUUGGAACAUUAUGGUUUCCUUUAUUGUGUUCAUUCUGGUCACGACAAUAAACGUUACAUUGGUAGUCGAUCAAAUUAUUGACGCCGAACUCAAUUGGGGAUGGUUUACAAUAGCUAUUAUUUACAGCACUUUGUACAUUUUGUUCAAUAUUUAUUUGCUCAUUCAUAUGGCUGCGCAUAUGGGAAAUCAAUGGCUGAAUAGUUUAACAUUUGUGCAGAAAUACAUAAUGCCAACGGAAAAUACAUUCGUGAAUGAAAUCGUAUAUAAUCCCAACUCUGUGCUAGAUGAAAGUCCAGAUGACUAGUCUUGGAUAUGGAAAAUGAAUUUAUACAAGAUACAUUUGAAUUUUGAUAUUUUUUUAAAUAAAAUUUUAUUCGAAUUUGA